AUGAUUUGUUGGAAUCAAAGUCGCCGAUACUUCGUUGAUUUAUGGUCAGUUUCUGAGCUAGAAAUAGAAACCGCACUGGCCCAAGAGCGGAGUGCAACGAUCGAAGAGGAACUUCCAGCUAAUGUCACUCGACUUGACUUGGAUGCUCUUGAGGAUAUUAAACCAAAAAAGGAACCGAUUUUAGAUAACACUCUUGAAACUAAGAGCAAAGACGGUCCGGUCAGAGACGUUGAAUUGACGGAUUUUGAACCGUGGAGAUCAAAGCGAGCGCAAAUUUUGAACGAGCAUGAGGCUUCAGAUAAGAAAGGCGCAUAUUCUACUUUUGGAUCGUCGUCUCCGGCUAAGUUCACCAUGAGCAGCAAGACUCGACACAGAUUGGAAGUGCUGGAGGACAUGUCAGGACUGCGAAAGAUGUCGGACAUUUCCGAAAAUGAACUAGUCACGCAUAUAAACGAUCUGCGGGAGAAAUUUUUGGCGGCCUGGGAAGACAAUCAAAGAGUUGAGUCCGUUCGGAUCAUGACUGAAUUGGCUCGUAUGCUAUCGGCUCCCACUAGCCCAAGCUUCUUUCCUGUUCAGUGGGUUCUCAUCACUGAUAUUCUGGACUUGUUUGGGAACCUCGUUUAUGAGCGUUUACUCGCCAAGGCAAAUGAGGAACGGCAGUUAGCUGGAUAUUCUGAGUUAUCAAGCAACUUCGUAUCGAAUGAUAUACUACCCGAUACAGUGGAAAUUGCUCAGAAUUGGUUUUGCAAAAUUGCGGAUAUAAAGGAGGCUGUUCCGAGGUUUUAUGUGGAAACCACUCUGAUAGGAUGUUUACGCUUUCUCGACAGCGUCACCAUGCGAGUACAUCUUCUUCGAAUGGCUACCAUGGUAGAA